UCUCCCUCCACACUCUUCCUCCAUUAUACUUUUCAUCCUCUAUUGUACUCUACCUCACUGCAACCUCCCCGUUAACAAAGCAAUAGGGGUCAAGCAUCUGCAGCACUCUCACACACCUCCUUACAUCAACCACAAACCUGGACCACCGUCGUCGCCGCGCCUGGGAACUUUUUUCAUCAGAAAUCAGAACAAGUGAACCAAUCCCUUAAAACCCUUCCCAUCUUGAACAACUGAGAUCAGAUCAGGAUGUCGGCCUUCCAGUGGAACGAGAACCUCAAGGAGAAAGGUAUUGACUUGCCGGCAACGUUCAAGUGCCGUAUCUGCAGCAAGGUGAAGUCGGGUACAAACGAUCAUUUUUCCAAGAAGGAGCUAAAGACGUACACUUCUCGGAUUGCAAUGGGGAGGGCAGUUACCGGCUUCAAUGCAAAUUUACGCUGCAGGCACUGCUCUGGUGAAAAUGUUUUCGAGCUUCUUUGCCAGUACUGCAACAUUACCAAAUCAAAGGACGAUUUCUCCUAUAAUCAGCGCACUGCCGCUCUGUCAGCUCGCUGUAAGGCGUGCAUAAACUGGCAGGAAACGAAUGAGCCUGGCACGGAAACCCUCCCGGGCCCCAGCAUGGCGCUGCAUCCCGACACCACCCUCGCUGCUGCCCCAAACAACCCGAACCCGGGCGCGCUCUCUGUGCUGGUGACCUCCACGGCCCAGGCUCAUGGCGGUGAUGGGAGUUCCUCUGUCUGGCGCACGACGCUUGCCAAUAACAACACGGUCGGCGUCGCCACCACCAAUGACUCCGCUGGGCGCACUACCACAAGACCUUCCGUGGUCGAGAGUGGCCUUCCUUCUGCCCCUGACGGAUUUAUGGCUCCAACUAGGAUGACGUACCACGGCGACGAUAUCCACACUGAGUCUACACCAAGCAAUCCUUAUGGCAGCCGCUCCAACAGCCCUGUCUCCGCUGCUACUGAUAUAUUUGCCCAAUUUGAUCCAUUUGCCGGUCGUGGUGGCAAGGCCGGCAAGGUUAAUGCCGGUGGUCCUGCUGCUGUCUCAUCUUCUGCUCAUUCAGAUUCGGUUGCCGAUACCCCUCCUGGCGAUAUGAGAACGAUCCCUGCGCAGAAAACGCCCACGAAGAAAAUUCCCAGGGGCAAUGAUGUUCCUGUUCCAUCUACCACGCUGUCGCCCCUCAAAGAAGAUUGUUGGAUGGCUGUGCCCACAAAGAACAACAAAAAGGCAAGCACACCUUUCACAGGAUAUGAUAACACCGGAACUGCGCACCUCCAGACUGCUGUUGCUCCGAGCACUGCCAGCUCAACUUGGGCGACCCCCGCGGCGUCCGUGACGGCACUCGAACAGAAUGUCGCGAGUGGUACGUAUGGACGCCCUGGUCUUACUACGCCACAAAGGGAUAGCGGAAGCCCGUGGUUCAAGCCUAGAGCCCCGAAGGCGGAUACGACGGACUACAAGUUUGAAGCAUACGGCCCAGUAGAUUUUGCGGCUCACGCUCCUCCGACAAAGAGACCCGAGCAUAACCCAUUGGAUAGCGACGAUGAAGUGUAGACACUUUGGUGCUGCUGCUCUAUGUGAGCUUUACCACGUCCCAAACUUCCUUCGCGCCUCGUGCUUGCACUACUACUGUUAUCAGCUACAAGCAGGAGGAUUGAAAUGGAGGGAACUAGAUCGGAACACCCCAUGACCUGUCUGCCUCUACGCCUAUGUACAGGAGGCUAGGUUCGUUACCAUCAAGCUGCCUCAUUUUUUUUUUGUUUUGUUUUUUGCCUUCUAUGAAAAUAUUAAUGGUAAUUCUCGUUUUUUCGAUGCCGCUUAUAUGGAUGUGCUAAAGCGUCGUCUCAUGAUCCCUUUCGUGUUUUUUUAAGAGGGAGGCUAUAGGCAAUGAAGGAGGAUAUAUAGUUGUCGUUGAUGUUUUCUUUCCUAUUUUGUCGCCGUUAUGCUCUUUAUGAUAGAGGAAUGGGC